CAAACUCAUCUUGAUCUCAGAUGAACUGAAGGUGAUUGCAUUUUCAGCACAUUUUCAUUUUUGUGUGAACUAUUCUCUAAGCUCCAAACUUCUCUCGGAGCUUGUUUUAUUACCGAAUGAUAGACUCAAUCUUUACAGUAUGUUCUUGACUCUUUCACGAACUCUGCAAUAAAAGACGUGAUAAUGAAUGCACGAGGAGAUAAAAGACUACGACCAGCGACUCAAUCAAACAUUCACCUGAAUCACAUAAAAUCCAGCCAGUGAAAGUCUGCGUCCCUCCCUCCGGCUUCAUUAGAGAACUCCCACUCCACAAGUUCAGCUCCCUGGACUUUGAAAUAUUCCCAGACUCUCCUGGGAUUCGUGUUUUUCAGACGGCAGACGGAGAUCGAUCAUCAUGAGUAAGGAAGCCCGUCCGUCCUGGGACAGUCCCAUGCAGUUUGUCCUGGCGUGUGUGUCCUAUGCUGUGGGACUCGGGAACGUCUGGCGUUUUCCGUAUCUCUGCCAAAUGCACGGAGGAGGUGGUUUUCUGAUCCCGUAUCUGCUGAUGCUGAUUCUGGAGGGGAUUCCUCUCUUCUGUAUGGAGCUGGCCAUCGGUCAGAAGAUGCGUUUGGGCAGCAUCGGCGCGUGGAUGGCCAUCAGCCCGUAUCUGGGAGGACUGGGUAUUGCCAGUGUUGUGACCUCCAUGUAUCUAUGUCUGUACUACAACGUCAUCAACGCCUGGAGCUUCUGGUAUCUCUUCCAUUCAUUUCAGUCGGUGCUGCCGUGGGCCGAGUGUCCCGUCGAUGUGAACCGCACCGGGUAUCUGGAGGAGUGUGAGGUGGCUUCAUCCACUCAGUACUUCUUCUACCGCGAGACGCUGAACAUCUCGUCAUCCAUCGAUGAGAACGGAGGUCUUCACAUGGGUCAGGCUCUGUGUCUGCUGCUGGCCUGGAUCAUCGUCUACCUCUUCAUCGUCAGAGGCGUCAAAUCCACCGGCGUGGUGGUUUAUUUCACAGCUACGUUUCCGUACGUGGUUCUGUUCAUCUAUCUGAUCCGCGGAGUCACUCUUCAUGGAGCCUGGAACGGAGUCAAGUACAUGUUCACACCUAAACUGGAGCAGCUGGCGAAUCCUCAGACGUGGAUCAACGCUGCGACUCAGAUCUUCUUCUCUCUGGGUCUGGGCUUCGGCUCUUUGAUCGCUUUCUCCAGUUACAACCAUCACAACAACGACUUCGAGAAGCAGGCGGUCGUCGUCUCGCUCAUCAACAGCGGCACGUCUGUGUUCGCCAGCGUCGUCACCUUCUCCAUCUACGGCUUCAAGGCCACGUUCAACUACGAGAGCUGUUUGGAAAGGAUGAGGAUGCUGUGUCUCAAUUCGUUCGAUCUGUCGGAGGAGAGCAUCAGCGUUGAGAACGUCACGGCGUGGAUCAGUCAUCUCAACAUCACUCAUCCAGAGAGCUUUGCAGCCAUCGCAUCAAAGAUCGAGCACUGCAGUCUGGAGGCUGAGCUGGACACGGCGGUGGAGGGCACGGGUCUGGCGUUUAUCGUGUACAGUGAGGCCAUCAAGAACAUGCCGCUGUCUCAGCUCUGGUCUGUGCUGUACUUCAUCAUGCUGCUGCUCUUAGGGAUGGGGAGCAUGCUGGGAAACGUGACGGCCAUCAUCACCCCGCUGGCUGACAUCAAGCUCCUGUCACACUACCUCAGCAGCGAGAGCAUCAACGGUCUGGUUUGUCUUCUCUGUUUGCUGCUGGGUUUGGGCUUCACCAGCCGCUCGGGAAACUACUGGUUCACCAUCUUUAAUGAAUAUGCGGCUACGCUGUCUCUGCUCUUCAUCGUCUUCAUCGAAGUCAUCAGUGUGUGUUACGUCUACGGACUCAGAAGGUUUGAGCGGGACAUCGAGGACAUGUUGGGUCAUCGGCCGAACUGGUAUUGGAAGGUGAUGUGGGCAGUGGUCAGUCCUCUGCUCCUCUUCAGUCUCUUCAUCUUCUACAUCAUUAACUACAUCCAGGGCGGCACGCCGACGUACCAGGCCUGGGACAAAGAUCUGGGCCGGUCGGUGGUGAAGGAGUACCCGGUGUACGGUCAGGUCUUCAUCGCUCUGCUGUUGCUGUCAGCGCUCAGCUGUGUGCCGCUCGCAGCUCUCCACUCCCUCUGCAGGAGAACACAGAGAGGAACACAGAUCCGUCAGCACCGCCACGCUUGAGACACACACACACACACACACACACACAGACACAGACACACACUCACAGACACACACACAGACACACACACACACUUACAGACACAGACACACAGAC